AUGACCGCGCACCUGCGGCGGGCGGGCUUCUGGGCCUCCUCGGGCGGGCCCGCGGCCAGGGGGCUGGACGGCGGGUUGUUCAGCGCGUCCCGCAGCCCGCGCGCCGCCAGCAUGUUCGCUGAGACGGCGCUGCAGGUGGCCUCCCUCGCGGACCUGCGCGCGGAGAUGCUGCAGAGGAGCAGGUGGCAGCAAGAGGCGGGCGAGGGCCCGGACAGUACGCUGGACCACGCGGCGGGCCCGAUGCUGAACGGGGUCGUGGACACCAAGGUCACUAGCGCCUGCCUCGCCAAGGAGCUGGCGCUGGACGCCCUCUCGAGCCCGGUCCGCGCCAGCUCGCCGCCCCCAGCGGCCGCCGACGGCUGGGCCCGCCUGGCGCCAGACGGCGAGGCCGCUGGGCCGCGCGGGCGGGGCGCCGCCGCGGAGGGCUGCCUCGCAGCCCCGCCGCCGAGGAUUGCCCAGCCUGCGAAAAUUGCUGAUUCGCUCGCUGCUCACUCCGCCAGCGCCCUGCAGGUCGGGCACGACGAGCUCAUCACGUACGGCGGCAUCAUCGCCGCCUGGCCGAAGAGCAACGCCAACAAGUGGCCGAUCGGCAGGAUCGCGGAGCGCAGGCCAGUGACCCUAAAAGGCCGCGGGGCGGCGCCGCGCGCACCCCGCACCGUCUUCGUCGCUGUGAUGAGCGCCAGGGGCUCGGAGGAGAAGCGGACCGGCUCCCGGCCGCUGUGGCACCGGGUGGAGAAGGAGCCAGGUGCCACCGCGGGCCAAGGAAAGGAGGGGCACGCGACGGUCAGGUACGUCAUCUGCAACGACACCAGCCACGACGACGACCCCGUUGCAGUAAACCAGGCAUUGGAGGCAGAGCAGGACAGGUUCCACGAUCUCGUGUUCCUUCGUUGUGAGGAGGGCUACUCGCACGGACGACUGACCCUGAAGGUGUUGGCCUCCAUGCAGUACUUCCACCACCAACUCGCGCCGAUGGACUUGUUCAUGAAAGUUGACGACGAUGCGUUCGUUGCCUGGUCACGGUUGUAUCAGCAUGUCAAUGAGUUGAAGCAGGUGUCAAUGAAGUACAUCGGCCAUCCCCUCGGACCGUGCAACGCAACUCGGGACCCUGAAAAUCGGUGGUACGAGCCCCCAGAAGUAUACCCGAACGAAAGCUACCCCAAGACGAUGGCAGGCGGCGUGGGGUAUCUCGUGGGAAGCGGGUUAAUCCGCGAGAUUCUCUUGGACAAGCAGAAGGAACGCAAUGGCGGCCUGCUCUGGAACGAGGACCGGGCCACGGCUGUCUGGGUCGACAGGGUGGCAAGCCGCAACCCCUCUGUCAAGACCGUGGGCUUCAAGGCGUACCCCUACACCAUGCGAUGCGACAGCACGUGGGGAGCGUACCCUUUCUGGGCGCAGGGAUCCCUCUCCGGAGAUGCCAUCACGUGCCUGUCGGAGGCCGACGCCGCCAACCAGUCCGACUUCAACAUACGCAGGUGCUUCUCAGAAGAGUGCCGCUCCGGCCCAGACUGGGUGACCUGGGACAACUAUCCAAUUCGAACCAUACCUUGGACCAGCCGACGGGGUGUUACAUCCUCAACAACAGCGCCAUGA